GUUUUGUGCUCCGCCGCAUCAUUUCCGUACUGUGUGCGGCUGUUGCUGUGUCAUGGCGGAGGCCGAGUGUUACCGGCUGCGCUGCUCGGUCCCCGGACACGAACUGGAUGUACGUGGGGUGGUCGAAUGCCCCCUGUCGCCAGGUGAGGGUUUCGUGUCCGUAUCACGUGACAGGAGCGCUCGCCUUUGGGUGCCGGACAGUCCCAGCAGAGGUUUCAUUGAGUUGAAUCGUAUGAAGGGACACUCCAACUUUGUGUCCUGCGUAUGCUACAUCCCACCAAGCGAUACCUACCCACGAGGACUGAUUGCCACCGGCGGAAACGACCACAACAUUUGUGUAUUCAGUCUUAACAGCGCAGAUCCUCUGUAUAUUCUGAAAGGCCACAAGAACACAGUAUGCAGUCUUUCGUCUGGAAAGUUUGGCACCCUGCUAAGCGGAUCAUGGGAUACAACUGGAAAAGUGUGGCUGAAUGAUAAGUGCAUGAUGACCUUACAGGGCCACACUGCUGCUGUUUGGGCAGUGAAAAUUUUGCCAGAGCAGGGCCUGAUGCUGACUGGCUCAGCUGACAGGUCCAUCAAGCUGUGGAAGGCAGGUCGAUGUGAGAGGACUUUUGUAGGGCAUGAAGAUUGUGUUCGAGGGCUGGCAGCCUUGAACGAGGCUGAAUUUCUCUCUUGUUCCAAUGAUGCCAGUGUAAGGAGAUGGCUAAUUACCGGAGAGUGCCUGCAGAUCUACUAUGGCCACACCAAUUAUAUAUAUAGCAUAUGUCUCUUUCCAAAUUCUCAAGAUUUUGUGACUACGGGAGAGGACAGAUCCAUGCGAAUUUGGAGGAAAGGAGAAUGUACUCAGACAAUUCGCCUACCUGCGCAGUCGGUGUGGUGCUGCUGUAUCUUGGAGAAUCAAGACAUUGUUGUGGGAUCAAGUGAUGGUAUUAUCCGGGUGUUUACGGAGUCCCAGCAACGCAUGGCCAGCGCGGAAGAAAUCCAGGCGUUUGAAGAUGAACUGUCCCAGGCAGUUAUUGAUCCUAAAACCGGUGACCUGGGAGACAUUAAAAUAGAGGAUCUUCCCGGAAAAGAGCAUCUCAGUGAACCUGGCACAAAAGAUGGACAGACACGUCUGGUGAACGAAGAUGGCAAAGUGGAAGCCUACCAGUGGAGUGUUAGUGAAGGACGCUGGAUCAAGAUUGGGGAUGUUGUUGGCUCUUCUGGAGCCACUCAGCAAACAUCUGGAAAGGUUCUAUUUGAAGGAAAAGAGUAUGACUAUGUGUUCACAAUUGAUGUGAAUGAAUCUGGGCCUUCCUACAAACUGCCAUAUAAUGUUACAGAAGAUCCAUGGCUGGUUGCUCACAACUUCCUUCAGAAAAAUGAUCUGAACGCUAUGUUCUUGGAUCAAGUUGCAAAAUUCAUCAUUGACAACACUGCUGGACAGACUAUAACGGCGACAAAUUCUGGGUUUGCCGAUCCAUUCACUGGUGGAGGCCGCUAUAUCCCUGGAAGUUCCUCUUCUAUUCCUUCUGGUGCAGAUCCAUUCACAGGUGGCAGUCGAUACAUGCCUGGCUCAUCUUCAAAUAUUCCUGCUGCAGGCGCAGGAGACCCAUUUACAGGAAGGAAUGCCUACAGAUCAGUUGCUGGACAGAUUCCAAACACAUACUUUCCUAAGAAGGAGCCAGUCACUUUUGAUCAGGCAAACCCAGCACAAAUUUUGGGUAAAAUGAAACAACUGAACGAGUCCGCUCCUGAAGAAUACAGAAUGCCCGAGGAUGACUUAAUUACACUUGACAAACUACUGUCCUUAAUCGUUAAUAUCUCAAGAGAAACUGCCACUGCUCAACAAGUAGACACUUUGUGGAGGGCAGUCAAGUGGCCUGAAGAUAUCGUUUUCCCUGCAUUAGAUAUUCUUCGUUUAGCCGUCAAAAACCCGACUGUCAAUGAAAUGUUCUGCAGUGAAAGAGAAGGAAUUGCAUUCAUUAACUACCUCUUCCAAGUAAUGCGGCCCGGUGGCAGACAAGCCAACCAACUGCUUGCCCUUAGGACAUUGUGCAAUUGUUUUUCAGUCGAUGCAGGCGCAAAGUUUAUGAUGUCCCAAAGAGACCGCGUAAUAGCAAAAUCAAUGGAACUAAAAUCAGUUUCCAAUAAGAAUAUCCACACGGCUCUGGCCACACUGAUCCUCAACUAUGCCAUCGGUUUACAUAGAUUAAGUGACUUAGAAGGGAAAGCCCAAUGCCUGUCCGCUAUCAGCACCGUGCUGGAAGUUGUGCAUGACCUGGAAGCUGGUUUUCGACUUCUCGUGGCCCUUGGGACACUGAUCAGUGAUGAUUCCAAUGCCGUGCAGUUAGCUAAGUCCCUGGGAGUUGACUCUCAGAUUAAGAAAUACAUGUCCGUCACUGAACCAGCCAAGGUGAAUGAGUGCUGCCGGCUGCUUUUAAAUACUCUCUAAGGUUUUUUUUCUUUUUACCACCAAUGGAGAAAGGCGUAUUCCAACAGCAUAUUUUUUCUUAUCAUACCAUGAAUACACUGAAUGCUGACAGUUUAUCAAGUCUUUAAAAUAUAAGUUGACGGAAAUAAAUUUUUGCACUG